GACUUCCAUUCCUCCCUUUCUUCUCUUCUUCCUUUCUUUCUUCCUCCCUCCUUCAAUGUUUCUACCUCCCUUUCUUCUCCUUCCACUCUCCCUCCCUCCAGCUAUGACAAGCCAGAGUUCAAGGUGGUAGAGAAAGAGAAUGGGGUCGACAAGCCAUUUGCCACUAGGCAUCCUCAGUGACAAUAUAUGAGAUGUAAUGGGUAUCUAGAGGUGGAAUGAAACCAAUACUAUGCUCUAAGAUGUCGCCAUGGGAGCAAGACUGGGAAGAACGAGUCCCUACAUGCAUAGCUGAGGCUGAGAAUGCACAUAGGUGGUGGCGGCGUGCUGACUGUCCUGAAAUGAGCUAAGGAAUACAGCCCUUCACUGACCACUCUGCCGAUGAUAAAGGCCACUAGUAGGUUGAGUCUACAUUCAGUGCUUCACCCAGGAGUUCUUGCAAGAGGAUCACGGUCCCAUGAUGAGGAAAUGAUUACCAAUACUUGGCCAGCCCUGCACUCCUCUGCUGCUACUGUGUGUCGCUGAGCAAGCAAGGCUUGGAAGAACAAAGAAAAAGGACAGAAGAAGGUUCCUGGUUCAACCAACAGCUCUACUACUGUCCUGUCACUGGCCAAUAACUAUGGAGAGCCCUAGUGGUUGGUGCCCCUCCCUGGACUCCUACCUUGUGUGCCCCACACACUUAUUCUGUGACUUUCCCCUCCUCUCUUCUCUUACAGGCUAGUGUGUUCCUUUCUGACUGAUGAUAUACGGAGGCUUGUGUAUUCCUAACUACUCGACAUUGAGCCUUCCUCCUCCUCCUCUUCAUCGUCAUCUUCGUCGUUUUCGAGCGUCCACGCUUUCUUUCUCUCUUCCUCCAUCUUUUCCCUCUCCAACUCCUCGUCCUCCUGCCGUUGUUUACGCCAUGCCUCGAGGCGUCCGCGUCUCUUCUGCAUCUCCUCUUCCAGCCUCUUCCGCUCCGCUUCAACUGCAGCUAUGAUCCCCUCUUUCUCGGUCUCCAUUGUUUCACUUCCGCUGUCCGCCUCCUUUUCUUUCUCUUUUGUCACCACAACCCGAGACACCGUCACUACUUUUGGUUUUUUACCGCCGCCAUCUUCUUCCUUUCCCCCCGACCCAUCUUUAUCCCUGCCCUCCUUGUCUUUCAUAUCGGUUACUUCACCAUUUGAUUUCGACUCAGCCUGAGACCGCUCCUUCUCCUUGUACUGCUUAUCUCGACUUCUGUCACCGCUCCUACUCCUGCAUAUUUUACAAGGAAAAUAGCAUACAUACAUGUAUGUAUGCCACAUUGAGAAUUGUAAGUGCUUGGUUUGAAAUUGUAGUACAUAAAGCAUGUCAGCACAAAUUUUGCAGGCUUGAAUCUUACAAAUUGUAGCACACACUACUCUAAACAAUGUGCUCAAAACGCACCUGGAGCGAGAGCGGCUCCUCCUGCGUUUCUUGUCUCUGCUCCUUCUGACUCUGUCUCUGCUCUCAGACCUCGACCGAUGCCUGUGCCUACACAUGUCAAAGAAAGAAAAUUGCAAAGUAACAACCGUAUAGGCCAACGAACAUCACUCUUAAAUUUCUCAAGUAUACAUAAAAAUCAGUUGAAUGUUGUAGCCUAAAAUUUAAGUCGCUCAGAGAAAGAUGUUUUGCUGUUUGUAUGCUUAAAAAGUUGCUAUUCAAAGGAAAACCUCAAUGAGUAAUACAGAGUCAGAUUCAGUAUUGAGAGUUAUGGAAUCACCUGUCUCGACUGGGACUUCGCGACCUCCUCCGCCUCUCUCUCCCCCUUCCCCUGUCUCCCCUCCUCUCCCUCCUCACCUCCCCCUCCUUCUUCUCCCGACUGCCUCGUGUUGCCCGGCUCUCUGACUCACUCCCUUCUUCCCCAGAUGAGGCAGAUGGGCUGGACUGCUUAGUUGGAGAAUCCGCUUUAUCGUUUCGACGAUAGUGUCGCUCUUUCCUCUCUUUCGGCAUGGCGAUCCUAUAAAACAGCAACACAUACUCCCAACGCAAACGUAAAAGAACACAGCAGCUACAAUACAACGCUUUUAGCAAGUUCGGAAGACGGAUACAGACGAUAAGAGCACUAAGACCACGAGACACUGCUAGGCUCACCUUUACACUUGUGUGUAUCUCACUCUCCUCUCGAAACAACCGCCACACGUUGACCGAACGUUAUGUCAGUGGCAAAGGGGUUAAAGUUUUGUCCGAUAACCCUUCCUCUGCGGAAUUCAAUGUCGAUAGAACCAGCUGUGGAAGAUCAACUUUUUUACGUGUGUAGCAGCGUUUGCUGCAGUCGUACGCCUGCUAUUGAGCCUUCACUAUGUGGAACCUGUCUAUUAAUGAAGAUAGGGUUCACUUGGUCAGCAGGAAACCGCCCCAGAACCGUCUCUUCCAACAGUAUGACAGCAGAGAGAAAGUGUUAGUUCAGCUCUCCGCCAUUCGGUGUCUCUACUGCAGCUUUGUCCCGACACAAUCGGACCUCGAUAGAUGUACGUGAUAUUUCCUAUCUUUGACACUCGACUGUGUGGCUAUGUAUAUACCUAGCAGCUAAUGGCGCAGAUUUCAAGACGUUUUCACUGGAAGUUGUACAUUUCUUCUCAUGUCAUUCUCAGAGCCUCUGGUGAACUAUAUAGUCUCAAUGCAUGACGCUCAAUGUAUAUGUAGCUCUACUUGGAAAGUCGUGACCAGUUUAUUAGUUUUGCUGCCAGCAAGGCUCUUAUAUAUGUGAUGCUGUACUCCGGAGUGGAGGCACAUAUGAUUGAAGAUAUUUUCAUCAAGCUUCAGGCUCAUACAGACACCCAUGGGGCAGUAUACUGCUUACAGACCAUCCGAGAAUUUCUCAAGAUCUCUCGCAAGAACAAUCUUAAACUCACCAACCGAACAAAAGUUAGUAACCAGUCUACAGGGGAUUGUCUGAGGAUCAUAUCAUGCAAUGGCUACUGGAAAUCAACACUGCAACUAUUCCUCAAUACACACAGCAGAGAAUCUCGUAUGAAUCAGGGACUUCAGCAAUCUCUCGCAGAGUUCUUAUCACUCACUACCGAACUACUUUGCCACAAAUGUGAAGAUGUGUCCACCUUCUCUGUUACCAGAAGUAUUUGCCACCUCCAGGAGUUCAUAGCCAGUAGUCUGCAGCCUCUUCUCUCUCUUGCUGAGAAUUUCGCGAGCGUGUUUAUUUUAAAGAGGUUUAUCGAUGUGUUGCUAAAGGUGAAGCAGGUUUUCUCUGCAAAAGAGGUUUCCUCCGUAGCUCAGGUUCUUACAAAGCUAUUCAGAAUACCUCUAGCCCAGUCUGUUCUGUGUGAGUGGCUAGAGAGACAUGCCGAACUCCUUCAACUGACGCUUUCCACUAGACCACAUCUUGCAGAGGAUAAUAUUUGUCGAAGUGAAAUUGAACUAGUUGACAUUUCAGUGAGAAAGACCAUUCUCUUGGUGUUUGAAUCUGUUGCUAGCCUUCUCAGAAAGAGCUCCUUAUUGCUUCAACCACAAGAACCACCUUCAAAUGACUCUGCUAGUACUGUCUGUCUCUAUGGUGAGGAUCUGAGUGGGGUGUUGUGUUCUCUGUGGGAGCUACUGUCAUCGUGUGUGGCUCUGGACCACGGUAUGACCCAUCACUACACCGUGGUCCUCUACCAGGUGGUGUCUGACGAAGACAGCUGCCUUGUUCACACCCUAAAGGCCUCUACAUCAAUCUUUAGACUCGCCACUCAAAAUCCAGCUAUACUGGAGUCUGUUCCUGGUCUAAACACGUUUGCGGCUGUUGCUAAUGCCCACUCUCUCUGGCUCUGCUUCCUCGAGAGAACUGGCUUUGACCACUCCAUGCUGCUGGACCUCAUCUUGACCCCCGAGAUUGACUUCUCCUCUGCUCUCCACGGCUAUCUGACGCUAGUCUGUGAGGAUUGGAGUGGGUUUGAGAAGGCAGCCAGUGACUCUACCCUGUUGGGUUCUCCGAUGGAGAGAGAGGAUAUCGGAGAUUAUUCUACUCCGUCUUCUGAGCUGGAAGAUGAAGAGGCCAUGGAGGAUUAUCCGGGCUUUGAGGAAACCCCUGCACUAAUAGCUGUGAAGCCUUCCCCUUCAUCUGUGGAAACACUUGAAAGAGAGGAUGAACCCAAACAAAUCACUACCUCUAUUAUGACAGGGGCACUAGUGGACUAUUCCUCUUCAUCUGAAGAGGAAGAAGCUGCAGUGGCUGUUGGUCCUCCAACACCUCGACCGUACAAAACCCCCCCUUUUCCUUUCAAGACGCCACGUUUUUAUCCUGGUGAUACAACAAUAGCUCAAACCGCCUCUAUUCUUCCAACCAGUGUACCAAUACCUUCUCCCCCCUCCUCUCUCCGUCCAUCUUCUUCUUCUUCGUCUCUGUUAGAGCAGGUGAUGGGUUGCCUGAUAAGACUCACAAUGUCACUGGAGAGACUGGGCCGACUGGGCAAGAGUGAGCUUAUACCACAGACCAUUGCCAGCACGCAACUCAUCUCUACCAUUCAAACAGCAGAGGAACUCUAUGAGAAAUUAUGACACAUACAUGCUUACUUUUUCAUGCUGUACUAUAAUUUCCGCACGCAACAAGUUGUACAUUAUUAGCAAGCGAACGUGAGUUUGGUGUUUUCAGCAUAGACGUACAGUCUAUGAUUUCAGAUUGUAGUUGCAUAGUGUUAUGAUGUGCUAUAUAUUCACUUCGUGCAAUUGCGCAAUUCAGACAGCUAUGUAGGCACAUGCGCACGGGCUUGCUUUGUAUGACCAAUGGUAGCAGACUGAACUGUGGAAAUGUAUGCAAAAACCAAAGAGCACUGUGUGUAGCGUGAUCCUGGCCAAGAGUAUAGUCAAGUGAAGCAGUUUCUGAAAUGAAAGCUGACGACAUAGUCGUACAGAGCCUUCUGGAUAGAUAUGACAAACGGUUCUGAAGGGUGGAAGAUGAAGGCCACCAGGCGUCUGUUGGAAGCCUGGGAGCCAGUCGGGAUCCUCACAGCUGCGUUCUCCAGUUGGAACUUGAAUUGCCCGCUCUCCCUGGAGAAGAACUUGAUAGGGGUAUCUCCACACGGCUUUGGUCUCUCCAGAGGAGAUAUCCACUUGUCGUCGUAGUAGAAGAGAGCCAGGUCGAGAUAGGGACUGUUAGAGAAUGACUGCGAGCAGACCGGAAGCUGACCAAGCAGCCUACGAGUUGCCUCUGUGCUGCCCCCAUACUUAGCACACCUAAUGCUCUUCUUGAACUUUUCGUGCAGUGUUCUGCAGUGUUGGUUGUUUGCUAGGGAGCUCAUGUCGCGACAGAGAGGGUGAGCAACUGGAUAUCUGAAACUGUGUGUCUCUCGUAAAUCUUCAGGAAACUCUCAGACGUAUUUUCGUGGAUGCUCAGGAUUUCUGUGGUCUUGAUGUCGUAGAAGACGUAGAGACAAUUCUGGGGCGAGGAAUCGGACGGUUUCUGCGUGAUUGUUUUCUCGUUUGCGUACUUCAGCAAGAGGUGCCUCUCCCCCAGCAGCUGCACCUUUGAGAUGCGGAGGGACUUGAAAGUUGCGUAUUUGUUGAAAUGGUUCAGCAGCGGGAAACGGUCAGUCUGCGAGGACUGCUCCUCGGCCCGUCUCAGAAGAAAACAGAGGAAGCGGUGCUUGAGUGUGGUGAACCACGCCUCAGCGACGGCAUCUGUCGGCAAGAACUGCUCUGGUUCGAUCUCGGUCAAGUCGGGGAGAAUCAUGUUGGUCUCGGGGUAGCAAAAUCGGCCAAUGUCUUGAAGGUGGGUGAGAGUACCGUUUGAUAUCUCGAAGAGGUGCAUUGUCUGCUGUUGAAGGGAGAGGAUGGCCAAGAGAGAGUUACACAGAGAGAGCCCCUGGUUGUGCGAGAGGUUAAUCUUGUCAUAUUUGAACGUGGUCGAAUCGGUCACGCACUUACCGAGUAUGUCGACGAUGUAGACAGUGUAGUCUUCCAGGGUGCAGAGCGAGCUACUUGAAAUGGCCUCAUUGUUGCCCAGUAUGUCAGGCAUGUUUGGGUACCCAUCAUCAUCGAUUGUUUCAGACGAGACCACGAUUGCGUAUUGGCAGUCGUCGGUGAAAAGGCUACACUCUCGAUUCAGGUGUUCGCCAUUCUGCGCCAACCGUAUCGUGCAGUGUACUUUGAAAAAUUUGUCAAACAGAACCGCAACAUUCGCCUCCGAUUGCUCCUCCUGGUACAGACUAUGCGCUGCACCUGCCCCAAGGUACUCGUACACGACCACGUCCCUCUGGUCGUUCGAGAAGGCCAGCAGGAACCGCCCAUCUGGGGAGAACUUCCUCAGAAAGCCUGGGGGACUCAGCACACCUUGCUCUGUGUGGUUCGGGACAAUGCAGUGGUACUACAUCGAGCGUGUUAGGUGGUAGGACUUGGCUGGCCAGUGAACCAGCAACUGUCUCUCCACCAGCUUGUGCACGAGAUUCUGUGAGCGGCCCCGCCACCUACAACGCCUCAGGAACAUCCGCUCCACCUCUCUGUUCAUGUCGUCCGUUGUGUGCUCCGGGACGCUUCCAUUAGCUCCGGUGUCGACGUGGGUACGGAGUUCAUCCAUUAGCGAGCCUGUUCAGCAGCAGCAGCAGCACCACACCGUAACUUUGCUGCCGACGAGUUGUGUCUCUCGUUGUUCGGUCCGUUUUCUUGAAGCUUGUUGUGUUUACCUGCACGUGACGACGUGUGCCUC